AUGGCCAUUUUGGAUGUCCCCCUUUUCCGUAUGAAUCCAGGAUUAUUGUUCUUCACGACUAUAUUAGGAUUGCUAUUCUUGCAGCCCGUUCCCUCCCUAGUUUUCUCACAGCACCAGCAAAUCCUUUUCAGCAUUCCAAUUAGGCCCAAGGCAUCUCCCCAAGGGAUCCCCUACCCUGUAGCCUCAUCUGGCCGCGGCUUCAUGCCCCAUAAACCCCUUGCGACUUCUGAUCAUGCAGUCACCAUUGCCAAUCCCAACCCCCACGCCCGCCCUGUCCCGGCCUUCUCCCCCAGUCAUCACUUGCUCCGGCCUCCUCAACCAGCUCCUUCUGCUGCUCUUCCCCCCUCCGCACAUCCCAAGGUUACUCCAUCACCAACACAGACUUCAAAGUCAGCUGCCAAUGGCUUUAAAGAUCCAAGGGACAGAGCGAAAGAUGACACUCUCAUUGUUGUCAGAGACAGAAAAGUCAGGUUGUCUGAUGGGGAUUCUCUCUAUGGACUUGGUCGUUCAUGGCUGAGGAAUGGAUAUCCUGAAGAGCACAUGGGUUGGCAAUUGCAAUAUGGGGAUUUUGCUAAAACUCUUCCCAGACCGCAGCCGAUGACUAUGGCAGAUAGUCAUUCUGUAAAGGAAGAAGAGGUCGAUGAAGAUGAAAUCAAGGAGGAGAAUGUGGAGGAUCUUUCCACAAAAGAUUUGUUGAAGGGACAUAUCAAGCGUGCUAAAAGGGUCCGGAUGAGAGCUAAAGAAGAGCGCAUGAAACGAAUUUCAAGGUUCAGGACUAGGAUUAGACUUCUCCUUCCCCCGCCAGAGGUGGAGCAGUUCAGAAGUGAUUCACUAUCCGGAAAUUGAUCCCCUUUAUCAUCAAACCGAGGCUUUCAUGGAUCCGAUUGCAGAUGCUUGAACAGCUCCCGUUUCUCAUCUAUCGGAAGAAGAUGACUGAAGUUCUACAAAUGUGCGGGUUGUGAUUACUGUGAAUUUUUUUUUUCUUUUUUAGUGUGUGAUAUUCAUUUAGGUCAAGAGAGAGAGAAAAGUCAAGAGGCCGUCCCGUUGGCAUUUGUGGGAGUCAUUCCAUUUCCAUCGCAAGGCGUGGAAUUUCCAAAGUCAACCAAUGGCUUCCCUUCCCUUGAAUUUCUCCCAUGACUAACUAAGUAAUGCAAGUCAGUUUUGCAAUAGUAUUGGCUUAGAAUUAUAUUAGUGUCAA